AUGCUCAUUUGCACCAGAUGGCCGAAAAGCUGUGGAGCAAAUCCAAGAAACUUAUCAAGAAACCAUCGGGUGAAGCUGAAUGGACGGAAGCCUUACAUACAGGCUGUGCGUAAUCAAGACUGGCGCGAAGACCUAAAACCACCAGUAUAUAACCCUCAACCUACCAUCCCACGGAAACGAAGUCAGUCAUAUCGCCUUGUAUUCGAAAUCGCCGCCAGCGAUAGACACUCUUCGCAUGCAGCUGGAUCAGGGCCCCCGUUGCCAGCUACUCCUGUGUCCAAAUUGAAAACCCCACGUCCAGAUAUAUGCGUUGGGUUGUCAGAUGAGAGCUUGGUUAAUGACCUCGAGCCUAAGAAGGGCCGCAGUGCCGCUAGAAGCUUUCUACUAGACUUGCAAGAUACCACUAGUCUUGUCAGCGAUCCACACGUCACCCCUUUGGGCCUUCGUUUCCCAUUUUUGAUAGUCGAGGCAAAGGCUGGUUCGACUGGAGGUAACCUCUACCAGGCACAGAACCAAGCUGCGUUUGGAUUGCAAGAGUCAAGGAAGUUCUCAGGCCAGUAUUAG